GGUCUUCGUUGCGGAUUACUUCUUCUGUGCGGUGUAUGUGCGUAGGUUGACGAGACGGAUCCGCCACGUCGACUUCCUUCUGGUGUGCCUCCCUGCCCACCUUGAACGCUGUGUGUGUGUGCGUGCGUGUUGAACCGCGUUCGCGCAACAGCCGACCUAACUCGGUAUUCUCCUCACCCCGCAUUAUUGUGGUUGGUUGGUUCUUCCCAUUGUCGCUCGACGACUCGCAUUAACUCUUCGUUCUCUUUUUCCCUUUUCGACUUCGCCCACAAGAACAGGAAAAAGUAGUUUAGCGUGUCGCCGCUACUCACUCUUCUUCUAUUAUACAAUUUAGCUCGACACCCGUCUCGUGUUUUCUUUUCUUUGGAUUUUACGGCUGCAGGCUCCUUUUCUAUAUCUACUCAUAUAUAUUUAUAUUAACUAUUCUUUAUACGGUCUAACGCGUUCUCCAAUGGCGCAGCGAUGGACAUGGGGUGUGCUCAGCACGAACCCGCUCGUCGACUUCUCAACGACCUGGGUCGAGCCGCUCAUUCAGCGCGCCGUGGACCUCACGCACAAGAUUGAACCGGACUUGUUGUUCACUCUCGCCUACAUCGCGGUGCUCGGCGUGGCCUACCUCUUUCACUCGCCCUUCCGCGCCCACUCCACCGCCGCAACGGACACGUACGGGCGGGUGACAAAGGUCUUUCAAACGUGGAGCACCGUGGUGUUCUUCUGCUUCCACCUCGGACCCCGGUUUUUCUCCUCGAAGCAGCACCAAAUUGAGCAGGCCCGCAGUGGCAACGAGGCGGUGCCGAUCCUGUAUCUCCCCCUUUUUGCGGUCUUCACGAUGCUCUUCGCGUUUCUCCACAAGAUGAAGCGACGGUGGGGCCUCGGCGUCACCUACGGCAGCCGGCUCUCCGUGAUCGGGCUCAACGCCCUCGUCCUCGCCGCGGUGGGCACGGUGCACUACGCGUACUGCUCGACUCUGUACGAGAAUUCGUCCAACUGGUUGUUGAAGACGCUCGUUUACAGUGCUGCCCCCGCCCCCGUUGCCCUCCACCCCUUCCGGUGUGUGGCGAAGCUUUUUUUCCUCUCCUGCUGCUUUGUGGCGCUGGAUUACCGCUAUAAGAAGUGGCGCGGCUUUGACCCCUCGCGGGGUAUCCUGUGGAGCGAGCUCUACGAGCUGCGCAAGCAGCCUCUCGACGCGGCGAUGGCAGCAGAGAAAAAUGCGAAGCGCGAGAGGCGGGACUGGCGGGAGCUCGUGGCGCCACCACGCGUUUACGCGUCGACCGGGCUUGCUUCAGCUGCAAGUCCGGUGCGACCCGCCGCAGAACACGGUGCAUCGCACAUCUCCCCCUCCUCCUCUUUUCCCGCGUUGCACGGCGCACGCCACCCCACCGAGAACGCCUCCGCGGUAUCUGUGCGGAUGCCAGGGACGCCCACUGCCGCUUCCGCGACGGCCUCCCCCGCGUCCUCGUCGCCACGACCACGCAUGCUCUAUCACGAGAGCCCGCCGGAUGUGAACAUGAGUGAGGUGGAGGCGUGGUUCGACGAGGACGACGCGCUGUUAAAGCGUGUGGUUAACAGCACCGCCCCUUCGGUGCCCCCUCCCCCUCCCGCCCCCACGUCGUCGUCUUCCGAAACGGAGACUUCUUCUUCUUCGCCGUGUUCCUCCGCGAGCCCGUCUACCGUCGCGGCGCCACCGGACGACGGCCGCGACACACGGGUGCGCCGCGUCGAUCACGCUGAUCGAAGCCUUACACGUCUCAUGUCCUUUCGGGCGCCACGUUUCGUGGUUCAGCAGGUGCAGGAGGCCCAACACCCGAUGAACCGCCCAGGCAUGGUCCCGUGGUGGUCCACGUUUGUGCUCUUCACCGCGUGGCAGACGGUGGCUGGGGCGAUGUUGCACUUCCUCGCCUUCGACGUGCGCACCAUCCAAGGCCUCACCGCACCCAAAAUCUUUCAUUUGCACUUCAGCGCCUCGUUGAAGCGGUGUGUGGCGAGCGCGACGGAGUGCGCGACGGGGGAGUCGCAGGCCCCAGCGCCGACGAUGCUGCACCGCGCUGCCACGUCUACCCCACCAGGAGAAGACCGAUCAUCCACUUCUGUGGAGGAGGACGGCAUUCACAACAAAGCGGCAAUGCGGAACAACCGCAGUGACCCUCUUGGCGCGACAAGCACUGUGGAUGAGGUGAACGCAGCAGAGACCGCGGCUCCCGCUGAGGCAGCGGAGGAGGCACCGGAUGUGUGGUUUGACUGGAUUGCCGACGUCGGGGAUGGCUUCAACCCGACGUACGCCAUGGCACGUCUGCUCGCCCAGCCCAUCCUGCGCCUGUCUGUCACGUCGGCGAAGAAGUCGCGACGGCCACGCGCGGCAGGCGGGGACAGUCACGCCUCCGAUGACAUGCGCACCGACAGCGCGUCUACGCAGUGCACGGCGAAAGUGUCCGCCUCUGCACCAACGAGCCCCGCCAGCAAAGCAAUGCAGAAGCCCACCUCGCUCUUCUUCUCUGCCGCCGCCUCCUUCCCAACGAAGAACGUCAGAACUUUCCAGACCACAGCAGGGGCAGAGAAAGGAGAAGGGGAGGGGGCCGCUGCUGGGGAGGGCGGAGGUGUAGAAGACACCGCCCCCGCAGCGGGGACACCUCUGCGCUCAGCUGGCCAGACAAACUCAUGGGAUGCAGCGAGGAAAGCCUCCAGAGACAAUGACGGCGAGUCCCUCCGCAGUCGAAAGGCAGUCUUCGCCUCGUACGACAACCGCACUCACCAGGCCCACACCGCCAUCAUCAGCAUGCACCACCGUAAGACAGCGGCAAGCCGGGCCAUGCUGGGUGUGGAGAGGGACGGCGUCGCGACGCUGCCGCGCGGCUCCUUCGUGGUUGUGGGCGGCGAUCUGGCCUACCCGAGCCCCAACGAUGAGACCUACAUGACGCGGCUGUUUGAGCCGUACAGCGAUGCCUUGGGGGGCAACGUGCGGCUGCAGAGCGUCUUUCACGUGGAGCAGAAGCGCAUUGUGGUGGCGGACCGGCACGACGUGGAUGUGGCGCACCUGCACAUGCUUGAUGCGAAGACCGUCGCGGACAUCGCCAGCGGGCGUGGUGGCCUCGCCGUCGGCCGCGGCACCGCUGAAGAGGCACUGCGUAGCGUGCCGCUGCUCUUUGCGAUCCCCGGCAACCACGACUGGUUCGAUGGUCUCGGCACCUACAUGAAGUACAUCUUGGAAGGGACAUGGAUUGGUGGGUGGCUGAUGCCGCAACGGAGCAGCUUCUUUGUGCUUCGCCUGCCUUACAACUGGUUCAUGCUUUGCGGCGACACAGGAAACACGCAGGACAUCGACGCCGCCCAGCGCAACUACUUCCUCGACGUCAUCGAGAAGUACAUGAACGAGGAGAGCUGCGUCAUUCUUGCUGCCCACGAGCCGGGGUGGUUGUUCGAUGCGAUGGAACGCGAAGACACGCCCCUCCAGCCGCAGCUGAACCGAGUCGUCGAGGCCCUCGGCACCCGGCUGCGGCUGCGCCUUGCGGGCGACAUCCACAACUAUUCCCGCCACGUACCGACCGACCCGUCGUCGGAGGCGGCCACGCUGGUUGUCAGUGGCGGUGGUGGCGCCUUCAUGCACGGCUCCCGCAAAGACCGCGUCAUCGCGCAAGGCACGCGCUACGUCCGCGUCUGUGCGUUUCCAAGUCAGUCGACCUUCACGAACAUGGCCGCCCGCCUGUGGGGCUUCCGCGUUGUGAACUGGAAGUUUGACAUGGUCGUCGGGUUUCUGUGCUUCGUUAUUCUGCUCUCCGUGCUGCCGCUGCCGGUGGGGAUGGAGGUGGAAGGGGCGCCGAGCCGCGGCAACGCCGUGGGCCCUGUGAGCCUCGCGCAGGUGUUCUCCCUCUGGGUCGCCUACGCCACGAUGAUCACGUCGCACGUCAUCGCAAAAGGCGUCAUCUCCAUCUUUCCCAUUCUGUUCUUCUGGUCGUGCUUUUCGACCGCCGGUUCCGAUCGGCACGCGACGCGGCAAUGGCGGCUGUGCUACGGCGCGGCGUGGACCUUCGCCGUACUGCUGUGCUGCAGCGGUGCGAUGGCCGCGAUUCACGUGUCGAUCCUCUAUUUGAUGGACAAUGGCUUCUUAUACUCUUCCGAAGGGAGGUGGAACAGUGUGAUGGAGGCGCAAAUGCAGGCGAUUGUGUCAACUUUCACGACGCACGCGCGACAGAUUCUCGGCGGCGAGCGACACACCUUGUCGCGAGCGUUGGGCUCUCUGCAGGACUUCAUUGCAAAGACAGUGCCGAUGCGGUGGCUGCUCGUCGUGCUGCGCUGCAGCGACCCUUUCGAGACGUUCAGCUUCCUCUCCUCGAAGGUCAGCAGCGGGACGGCGGGCGUGUUCGCCGCUGAUGUGUCUCGGCUCCAGGUCAUGAUAUAUUACCUCUACGUGUUGUUCUUCUACUGGAUUGUCAUCACACCGAUUGUGUCGAUGCUCAUUGGCACCUUCCUGCUGAUCUCCGUGACGUCGUUCGACUACAUGUACGACGGCACCUACUCUGCAUUUCAGAUCGAGGACUACAAGCACUUCCUGCGGUUUCGCCUGGAUGCCAAGACGCGCCAGCUGCACACCUACGUGAUUGCGGUGCAGAAGCCGGCGAAGGUGUACGAGUUGGAUCGCAAGUUCGUGUGGAGCCUCACGGAGGCCGGCCUGCAGGAGCACCGCCCACCGCACUUGAAGCAGUACCCCAGUCGCUGGGCACCCGUGCAGAAGCGGCGGCGUCGCGGGAAACCGAUGACGGAGCUGCUGGAGCACUUCACGGUGCACCCGCACCGCGUUCCGCACUCGUCGUAA